AUGAAGAAGUCAAUGAACAACGUGACAGAGUUUGUUCUCUUGGGGCUCACCAGAAACCCAAGCAUGCAGAAAAUCGUAUUUGCUGUAUUUGUCAUCAUCUACAUCAUCUCCAUGGUAGGCAAUGUGCUCAUUGUGGUCACUAUCACUGCCAGUCCAUCAUUGGGUUCACCUAUGUACUUUUUCUUAGCUUAUCUCUCUUUCAUUGAUGCCUGUUAUUCCUCUGUCAACACUCCUAAAUUGAUCAUAGACUCACUCCAUGAAAAAAAGACAAUACUAUUCAAUGGAUGUAUGACCCAGGUCUUUGGGGAACAUUUCUUUGGAGGUGCUGAGGGCAUCCUGCUUACUGUGAUGGCAUAUGACCGCUAUGUUGCAAUCUGCAAGCCUUUACACUACACAACCAUCAUGAGCAGAAGGGUAUGUGGCCUGCUGGUAGGAGUGGUAUGGGUUGGAGGUUUUCUUCAUGCAACCAUACAGAUUCUGUUUAUUUUUAGAUUACCUUUCUGUGGCCCAAAUGUCAUAGAUCACUUUAUGUGUGAUCUGAACCCUUUGCUUAACCUUGCAUGCACUGAUACCCACAUUCUGGGGCUCUUUGUUGCUGCCAAUAGUGGUUUUAUUUGUCUGUUAAACUUCCUCCUUCUGUUGAUCUCCUAUGUGGUCAUUCUACGUUCAUUAAGAAACCACAGUGCAGAGGGGAGGCGCAAAGCCCUCUCCACUUGUGUCUCUCAUAUAACAGUUGUUGUCUUGUUUUUUGUGCCCUGCAUUUUUGUGUACAUGAGACCUUCAGCCACUUUGUCUAUUGAUAAAGCAGUUGCUGUCUUCUACACUAUGAUAACUCCCUUGUUAAAUCCUUUAAUCUACACCUUGAGAAAUGCUCAGAUGAAAGAUGCCAUUAAGAAAUUGUGUAGAUGGAAAGAUGAUGUUAUUUCUGUCAACAAAUAA